AUGAAGGAAGUAGUCUCUGUCUUUCCAAGCACAAACUUCCAACUUCACACAACAAGAUCUUGGGAUUUUAUUGGUCUCAAUGACGAAACCAAACGGAAUUUUACUACUGAGAGUGAUGUUGUCGUUGGUGUGAUCGACACUGGAAUUUGGCCCGAAUCGCAGAGCUUUAAUGACGAAGGUUUUAGUCCGGCUCCCAAGAAGUGGAAAGGUGUUUGUGAAGGUGGCAAAAAUUUCACUUGCAACAACAAGAUCAUUGGAGCUCGGCGUUACAACUCAUCAUCAGCAAGGGAUGAAGUUGGACAUGGGUCCCACACUGCCUCAACGGCAGCAGGGAAUGCCAUUAAGGGCGCGAGCUUUUAUGGUCUAGCACAAGGUACUGCAAGAGGAGGAGUUCCCUCUGCGAGAAUUGCUGCCUAUAAAGUCUGCGAAUUCAAAAAGUGCCCUGGAGAGGCUAUCAUGGCUGCUUUUGAUGAUGCUAUUGCUGAUGGAGUUGACAUCAUUACAAUUUCACCUGGAGGCACUUUCGUCACUUCUUUCGAUAAGGAUCCUAUAGCCAUUGGCAGUUUUCAUGCAAUGAAGAAAGGGAUACUAGUGGUCCUGAAGAGGGUACCUGGCACAGAUCGCCGGAUCAUUGACAAGGUUGUUCUUGGAAAUGGAAGGACACUCAUUGGGAAUUCGGUGAACUCUUUCACAUCCAAUGGAACAAGUUAUCCUUUGGUAUAUGGAAAAGAUGCUACAAGUCAUUGCUCUGAUUUCGAUGCUCAGAGUUGUUUAGCAGGCUGCAUAGACAGUGCUUUAGUCAGGGGAAAGAUUUUGGUAUGUGAUGCGUCUGAUGGAGAUAUAACGGCUCUUCAAGAUGGUGCACUAGGUUCCAUUGUAAUCAGUCCCAGUGAGAAUGUUGCUUUUAUUGUCCCACUACCUGCAACAGGUUUAAGCAUCAAAGAUUAUGAGGGGCUCAAGUCCUACCUGAACUCCACAAAACAUGCUAAAGCCAACAUAUUAAAAAGUGAAGCCAUAAAAGAUCCUGCUGCACCCAUUGUUGUUUCUUUCUCUUCCCGUGGACCGAAUUCAAUUUUACCAGAAAUUAUUAAAUCAGACAUAAGUGCCCCGGGAGUAAAUAUUUUGGCUGCAUUUUCGCCUGUUGCUGCUAUCACAGAUAGCCCUGACGAUGGGAGGCAUGUCAAAUACAGUUUACUAUCUGGAACCUCCAUGGCUUGUCCCCAUGCUGCUGCUGCAGCUGCAUAUAUUAGAACAUUCCACCCUGAAUGGUCUCCAGCAGCCAUCAAAUCAUCUCUUAUGACUACAGCUUGGCCCAUGAACCACACCGACAACGUUUCUCCUGCUGAAUUUGCUCAUGGAUCUGGACACAUCAACCCUGUAACAGCUCUAGAACCUGGCCUCGUGUACGAAACUUCUGAAGGUGAUCACAUUAAGUUGCUCUGCUCGUUCCUGGAUGAUGCAAGAGUUAAACUUAUAUCGGGAGAGAACAGCUCUUGUCCUAAAGGCUCUGAGAAAGGAUCACCAAAGGAUUUCAAUUACCCUUCGCUGGCUGCUGUUGUUAAACCAGUGACAUCUUUUACUAUUAACUUUAAUAGAACAGUUAAAAACGUUGGCCUUGCAAACUCUACCUACAAGGCCAAAAUCCUCCCGGAUUCUAAAGUUGACAUCAAAGUAGUACCUCAAGUUCUUUCAUUCAAGUCCUUGAACGAGGAGAAGACUUUCACCGUGACAGUCAUUGGAAAAGGCUUGCCGGAUGGAUCACAUGCGUCUGCGUCGCUGAUUUGGUAUGAUGGAACUCAUAGAGUUAGAAGUCCAAUUCUUGUACGCAGCAAAGCAGCUUCAUGGUGA